ACUCAUUAUUGUUCACAACUCGAUGUCUCUAUAGUGUUUUCUUUUUUUAAAUGUCUCUCUGCUAAUAGUGGCCACAACUUCAAGCUUCCGUUGCCUUAAUACUACUACUUGGAAAAUAUAUACACGGACAAACACACAAAGCAUGACUACUACAUGCGACAACUCCUCUUGAAUUGCGUGUGUGAGUGGCAGGCAAAAACUUCUUUUGUUUUGUCGUAAACAGUAAACUCUCUUUCUCUAGCUUCUAAUCUCACUCUGUUCUCUCUCUGUUCUCAUAGAUUCUCCCUCGUUUAUUGCUCUCAAUGGAGACAAAGAACCUCACUUUCUUUUCGUUUUGUUUCUCCAACACGAUUUGUGUGCUACUCUUACUCAUAGUCUCUUGGCUUGCAAGAAGCAUUAUCGACCGUAACUGGUUAAGAACAUUACUAUGGAGAAGAGAAACGAAGAAGAAGAAGAAGAAUCCAGAAGAUGAAAACAAAAUGUCUCUUCUUGAUUUGCCUGCCUUAACUUUAGACUGCAUCUUAGAGAAGCUCUCUCCAUCUGAGCUCUGUGCUAUGACUUGUGUUUGCUCGGAGCUCAGAGACAAAUGUGUCAGCGAUCAUCUAUGGCAGAAGCAUAUGGAAACAAAAUGGGGAAGAUUGAUGGGUGAUGCAGCGACACAAGAGUGGAAAUCUCAUGUCGCAACGAUAAUGAGGUGUCUCAGAAGUUCGAACCAAAGCAGUAGUAAACCAAAUUGGAGUUCGAGGUUUGUAGCGAGUCUUAGACCUUUUUCAUGGUUAAGUUCAAACCACGGCUUUGACAAGAGAGGUUCAGCAUCAUCAUAUUUCGCACCUAUUGAUUCUGUAAUGUAUUGGUACUCGAAUCUUGAGAAUGGCAAGUUUUGGUUCCCUGCUCAGGUCUACAAUCGCGAGCACGGACAUGUUGGAUUCAUGAUGUCUUGUUACGAUGCGAAGAUCAGAUACGAUUUCAAGACUGAUACAUUUCAAGCAAAAUACUCGGCGCAUGGCCGGCGUGCGGCGGAGGAAAAGGUGACGUGGCAGAGGCUGAGACCGUCUCAAGUGGACACAAAGUCACGUGAACUCCACGUGUCGGAUUGUUUGCACGGACUUCGACCCGGUGACCAUUUCGAGAUCCAAUGGCGAAGAACCAAAGAGUUCCCUUAUGGUUGGUGGUUUGGAAUCGUAGGUCAUCUGCAAAACUGCGACGGAGAAGAGAAUUGCCGUUGCCAUACAGCCGAGAAUGUGGUGAUGGAGUUCAGACAAUUCAGACCGGAGUCGCCGUGGAGUAGGACGGUGAUAAAUAGAAAGGACCACCGUGAGACGGGAAACGAAGACAAUGGUUUCUACGGCGGAGUGAAGAAAUUGGGUACGGAGGAAGAGGUUUCUACGUGGAAGCGAAUGUGGCCAUCACAAGCCUUGGAAUAGUCUCAUGUUUAUUAUUUUUGUGAGAAUUUUGCUUCAAACUUAGCAAAACAACUCAUUGAUUAGUGUAGGUGAGGGGAUGAUAUGAUUUUCUAUUUCUUCUGUCGUUGACUGUAAAAUGUAAACAAUACCAAAAAAAAGGAAUACGAUUGACUUAUUUGUGUAAA